CCCACCUUCAAAGGUGCCUUGGCUUUGGUCAGCAUAUUCUUCUUCUACAUGUUAGAGAGAGUUAUGACAAUAGUCUCUGAGAGAAAUGCCGCCAGAAAGAAAAAUAAGAAGCUGAAAUUGGACGCACAAAAAGAGGAUGAAAAAGCAGAUCUGUCGGACGAGGAGAUAGAGGAGGAGGAAACAAAUAUCGGACCCUCUGAACACGUGAUUCGGAUGGUCAACAGUGGCGGUGGAGAUAUUGUCGACCUGCUAGACAAACUCCAACACGAGGAAGAAGCCGAGAAAAGUGGAGAUGUGGACGACGAGGAGCGCCGUCGUCUUAAGUCUUCAUCUUCAACUGACAGUGAAAAAGGCAGUCGUAAAAAUGGGAACAUUAGUCAAGCUAAUGGUAAAAACCCUUCAGUCGAGGUCAUAGUUCAAGGUCAUGGUCACGGACAUAGUCACGGAGCCGGGGCCGAGGGAGGAAUGAUCGGAUCUAUGGCAUGGAUCGUUAUAAUGGGAGAUAUGAUACACAAUUUCUGUGACGGAAUAGCAAUUGGUGCUGCUUUUUCACAGAGUGUGACAGGGGGACUGAGCACAUCUAUCGCAAUUGUGUGGCACGAGCUUCCCCAUGAACUUGGUGACUUUGCCAUGUGCCUUCGUGCCGGGAUGUCUGUGCGCCAGGCUAUGUUUUACAAUCUGAUCGCCUCUGUGCUGGCCUUUAUAGGCAUGGUGAUCGGCGUGUUUGCGGGGCAGGCCCCCUCCGCUACCAUGUGGAUCUUUGCAUUGGCUGGAGGAAACUUUUUGUAUAUAGCCUUGGUUGAUAUGCUCCCCGAGCUCACCCACUUUAAGGCGGCUACACUGAAGAGAGAGCUUUUAGUUCUGCUCCUGCAAGCUGUCGGCAUGUUCAGUGGUGUUAUACUCCUCACAGGAAUUGCUGUCUACGAGACUGAUGCCACUUUUUAA